AUGGCCAGUCAGAAUAGUCCUCUGUCCAUAACAUCCAGCGUUUCUGGAAUGUUAAUUUCUGUAACUGAUGUUGUAGCAGUGAUGCAUGUUCGAUUCACAUACUUACCAGAUGCUGACAGUGAAUAUUUCCCCAAGUCAAGGCAUCACCUUUGUAACAUACAACGGGAUUCACAAUUGCUUCACGGAUAGGAUCAAAGGAUCGUUCUGCACAUGAGGAGGAAUUCCAGAUUUAUAUGUCCAUGAUGAAAGAGCUUGUAAAAUUUGAAGAAAGAUUACUGGAACUGGUGGCAGAAGCGGAAUUGAAGGCUAGUACUGAAGAUGAUCAAUGGAAGAAAUGGGUUUUGGUACCGAAAAGUAUGGCAUUUAGAACGAGUGCAGCUAUGUCAUGCCUACUCCUGAGGAGGAAAGCUUUGAAAUUAGUUAGGCAAAGAGAUGCGAGAGUUUCUUUUGUCAGAUGAGUAUGAUGUCAUCGUAAGUGUAAUAUCUGAAGUAUAAGGGGCUCGAAACUGACUAAAUUAGGCGAGUUUGAGGCCAAGAAUCACGGCAAAGAAACCAAAAAAGUUAGACCACAAAAGACUUGACUGUCUUGAACGUACAUUUUAUUCUCAACGUGAGACGCUAGAUCGAUUGGGAGUUUCUGGUAUACCGAUUGAUGAAUCGAGCUUGAAUCGAAUCUGA